GAUGACGUCAAAUUCAAGAUGGAUGGAAUCACGGCGGUGGCGGCAGCAGCAGCGCGCGCGGCGGAGUCGUAAAGGGAGGCGGGGCGGGAGGAAAGGGGGGAACCCGUCCUGCGGCGAAACAGACUGAGGUACAGACUUCAAGAUAAUCGUAAAUUAUGGAGAAAAUGUGAUUCUGCAUGUAAGAACUCUGUGGCUUUGGGGUGUAUUUGAGAAGAAGAAAAGAAAGCUUUGUGGUAAAUCUAAAUCAUGGAGGGACUCUUACAUUAUAUAAAUCCAGCACAUGCUAUUUCUCUUCUCAGUGCUUUAAAUGAAGAACGUCUGAAAGGGCAACUCUGUGAUGUUGUCCUUAUAGUUGGAGACCAAAAAUUUCGAGCCCAUAAAAAUGUUCUGGCUGCCAGCAGUGAAUACUUUCAGACUCUGUUCACUAAAAAAGAAAAUGAAUCUCAGUCAGUAUUUCAGCUUGACUUUUGUGAACCAGAUACUUUUGACAAUGUUUUGAAUUACAUUUACUCAUCAUCUUUGUUUGUUGAGAAAAGCAGCCUUGCAGGCGUGCAAGAAGUGGGCUACAGUCUCGGAAUUUCCUUUCUUACGAACAUUGUCUCUAGAAGUCCUCAAGUUCCUUUACCUGCAUGUCCCCUUAAAAAAAUAGUGUUCCAAGAGGAAGAUGAAAGCAGCUCCCAAAAAAGAAGUGUCAUAGUUUGUCAAAGCAAAAAUGAAACACAACGGGAAAAUGUUGGUCAAAUCCCAUAUGACAUAAGCCAUAAUUCUCAACCUUUGUCCUCAAUUGCUGUCAAAACUAAGAGACCACAAACUCAGCCACCUGAGUUUUUACAUAGCUUGUCAUUAAAUGAAAGGAGAUGGUUGAAAGACAGUUCUUUAAGAUACUCAAAGUCUCAUGAAACCUCAGGUGCAUUGGAUGAUCAAAACAGAAUUAAAAGGAAUGCAGCCUUGUCACAAAAAACACUUCCAGACAAGGACUCAGUGGCAGAUGAACCAGGAGGAAGUGAUCAGCUUCUAAAAGGAAAAAUAACUGAAGUGCCCUUGAAGAGGCCUUGUCCACCAGUUGUGUCUCUAUGCAGCUCAUCGGAAUCUACAUUUCUGUUAAGAGAGACAGGAAAAGGAGCUGGUCCAGGAGAAGACAGGAAUUUGUUGUACUAUUCAAAGUUAGGAUUAGUAGUCCCUUCUAGGGUGUCUGGUCCUGAAAACCAAAGUAUUGACAGGAGUGGACCACUUGUAAAAAGUCUCCUUCGGAGAUCACUGUCCAUGGAUAGUCAAGUUCCUAUGUAUUCAUCAUCUUUUGAUCUGAAGCUUUCUCAAGAAUCUUCAGUGGUGAACAAAACAGAAGGAAGAAUGUUAAAUGUAAUCUCUCAAAAGGCAUCUGUACAAGAGUCUUCAGAAAACACAGCUCCUGAUGACAGGAGACAGGUAAUGCAUCCACAUCGCCUUAGAUCCUUUAGUGCCUCCCAGUCAACAGAGAGGGAGGCAACUUCUCCUCUUAGGGAAAUACGGAUAAAAACUGAACCUAGCAGCCCACUCUCAGAUCCUUCCGAAAUAAUAAGAAUUACAGUGGGGGAUGCAUCAUCAUCUGUCAAUAAAAGUAACUCUGUUAAAACUGAAGGUGAAUAUAGAGAUCUUAGUAGACUUCCAGCUAAAAGAAGAUUUCAAGCAGACAGAAGGCUGCCACCCAAAAAAAUUAAGGUUGAUGAACAUGCUUCCCCUGAAUCAGAGGACAAUUUUGAGGAAAACUCAAAUCCUAUCCCUUUUGUUGAGUACCCUGAUUCUGACAUUAGCAAAGAUGAAUGUGGUGAACUAGAAGAAACAAAGCCUAGCAGAAAGUUUAAGUGCAAACACUGCCUUAAGAUUUUCAGAUCAACGGCAGGCUUUCAUCGUCAUGUCAACAUGUACCAUAACCCUGAAAAACCAUAUGCCUGUGAUAUUUGUCAUAAGAGAUUUCACACAAACUUCAAAGUUUGGACACAUUGCCAGACACAGCAUGGGAUUGUGAAGAACCCUUCACCUGCUUCCAGCUCACAUACUGUCUUGGAUGAAAAAUUCCAAAGGAAAUUAAUUGAUAUAGUGAGAGAACGAGAGAUUAAAAAGGCUCUGAUUGUUAAAUUAAGGCGUGGCAAGCAAGGAUUUCAGGGACAGGCUGGGUCACAAGCACAAGUUAUUAAAAGAAACCUAAGGUCAAGAGCCAGAGGAGCCUACAUUUGUACCUACUGUGGGAAAGCAUAUCGCUUCCUAUCACAGUUUAAGCAGCACAUAAAAAUGCACCCAGGGGAAAAAUCAGUUGGAGGUUUUAAGGCUCUUAAACCGAAAGAGGAUACUCGCAUUGAAAAUCCAGUAGAAAACAAAAAGGUUUAUCAGUGUCGUCUUUGUAAUGCUAAACUUUCUUCUCUUAUUGAACAGGGAAAUCAUGAACGGCUCUGUCGGAAUGCAACCGUUUGUCCUUACUGCAGCCUUCGAUUUUCUUCUCUAGAGCUGAAGCAUGACCAUGAAAUCACAUGUGAAUACAAGAAACUUACUUGUCUAGAUUGUAUGCGCACUUUCAAAUCUUCCUUCAGUAUUUGGCGUCAUCAAGUUGAAGUUCACAAUCAAAAUACUAUGACUCCCACAGACAAUUUUUGUUUACCUGUUCUGGAACACAAUGGUGAAGUAAGUAAUACUUCACGGCUGCAUUCCCAGUCAGAGACUAACAGAAUGAACAACUUUGUUGCAGCCAAAGAAGAUAGUGUCUUCAGUGAUUCCUCGGAACAUAAUAAUUUUGAUUCAGAAGAUUCCUCAUGCCUCCCUGAAGAUCUUAGUGUUUCCAAACAAUUUAAAGUUCAGAUCAAAGAAGAACCUGCAGAUGACGUAGAGGAAGAGGUCUCUGAAGGCAGUCGGGAACACAAAGAAAUGGUGGCUAAUAAGGAUACUGGGCUGUGGCCUUGUGAAAAGUGUGGGAAAAUUUUUACUAUACACAAACAGCUAGAGCGUCAUCAGGAACUUCUGUGCUCUGUAAAGCCCUUCAUUUGCCAUGUGUGCAACAAGGCCUUCCGAACCAAUUUUCGUCUGUGGAGUCAUUUCCAGUCCCAUAUGGCGCAACCUACAGAGGAGCCGGUGCGUAAAGAACCUGACAUAUGCACAUCAGCUAAUUCUCCAUCACCCCCACCUUUGCCUCCACCCCCACCUCUGCCCAAAAUACAGCCUUUGGAACCUGAUAGCCCUACAGCCUUGUCAGAAACCCCUUUGGCUACUGAGAAAUUAUUUGUUCCACAGGAGUCCGACACACUAUUUUACCAUGCACCACCACUUUCAGCUAUCACCUUCAAAAGACAGUAUAUGUGCAAACUCUGUCACAGGACAUUCAAAACUGCGUUUAGUCUUUGGAGUCAUGAGCAGACACAUAAUUAGGGGGGGAGUACAAAGAGUGCCUAUAGGGAGUUUUAUAAAAUUCUUUAAUUUCCAUGUUUCUAAAGAUGUAUCAUUGAAAUGAAACAUAUGCACAUACAUAUAGAGGGACAAGAACCCUUAACAAUUAAAUGCUCUUUUGGUUGUGGAGAUUAUGGUAAACUAAUUUAUUAGCAAAUUGUUCACAGUUCGCGGUAUUGUGGUCUAGGGUUUAGUUACAGAAUAUUACAAUCAUUAAAAUAUGAUUACAUCUUCCCCAUCCUAUGAUGCCAGUAGAAAUGACUUCAUAUAGAAAAAGCAACAACAAAGUUAAGAGUAGUAGGAGUCCUACAGUUAGUUUAUUGUUUUCACAGAGAUUAUUUUAAUGAGCUCCAUAUAAAUAUUAGUUAUUCAUUUGACCAUAAGGGAAUAUGUGGUUUGAGUGCUUUGCUGUGUUGACUUUGAAUGCUAGCAAUAACAAAUAAAACCUCCUUUGAGCUAACUUGACCAUUAAUGAAAACUGAUUUAUAUGGAAUUUUUUGUUACUGACAUUUUAUGUAUGGAUAUUGUGCAAGAUACAAUACAAUUUAAGGUUAGCAAUAUCUGAAUAUCUGAAUUUUUAUAUGUAAAGUAGCAGCCAGGCUGCCUCCAGCUAUUUUAAAGAGUUUUUGAAGGAAGAAUGUAGGAAUAAGAAAUACUGUACUUCUUUAUUUGAUCCUCAGAGGUUGAUAUUCUGUAGAUAUUUUGGUAACAAGAAUUAUGUGAUGAACAGCAGGCAUCAGAUAUCUUAAUGCAAAUUGCAUUACUUUUAAGAUGAAACAGCAUUGAAUGAGUGUCAAAAAUUACAUUUUAUGUUGUUUCUUCUGACCUGUCUUUGGUGUGGACGUGUUUUAUUACAAUAGAAUGUAUGAAUAUGCUAGUUUGGAAUAUGAGGAGUCGUCAUAAUUACGUUAGAUGGUAGUUGGGAGCUUAACAGGGGUUAUGAGAAAGUUCUGAAUAAAAAGUUAAAAUGUAUAUCAUUACAUAUGUGUAAAUAAAAUAAAAAUGCAGAAUCUCUAUUACGUAUGCCUAGGUCAUAAAAGGGGGCAGUGCAACACAACAAAUGUUGCAUUUCAUAAAUACAGGGCUCAAAAUUAGCAGAAUGUUUCUGUCUGUCCUGUAAUGUACUUUGGGCAUUUUUGUACAUUUGUUUAAAAAAGAGUAAUUAAAAUAUUUGAGUCUCAAUCCAGUGCAGCGUUAAGUAUGAUUAAGACAACAGAUCUCAGGGGGUUUAAGCAUACCUAAUCACUUAAUUGUGGCAUUGGACUACAAUCAUGCUUGCUGUUAAGAGCAUGUAAACCCAUUCACUCCACUACAUAUUAGCCAUUCAUAUUAGCUCACACAUUCAUUACCUUUUUCUAAGGCAGUGGUCAGAAUACAUUUCCAAAAAGUUUCUAUCGCUCAGAUGUAUGCAAAACCCUCUGUGUGCACAGAGGUUUACAUUUAUUCAUCCACACAUUUAUUCAAAUGUGCAUAUUGAUUCUAUUGAAGUUGAGAGAGAUGAGUGAAGUAGGGUGACAAAUAAUAGCAGACUUUUGCCCUUAAAUAGCAGAAUAGAAUCAUUAACAUAGAUACUUACCAGGAGCUACUUUCAAUUCUCUUUCCUGGUCAAGAAUUUAGACUUAAAACUGUGUGGUGUAGUAGAGUGAAUGUUGGAGUACAACUCUGGAACCAGGGAUCAAAUCUCUGGUUGGCCUUGGAAACCCACUGGACUUGGGCAAAGUCACACACUCUCAUCUCUGGAGGAAGGCAAAGGCUAACCUCUAAACAAAUCUUUCCAAGAAAAGCCCAUGACUUAGGAUCACCAUAAGUCAGAAACAUCUUGAAAGGCACACAACAACAGCUUAUUACUAGUGACAUCUUAGAGACUUGCUGUAAUGGACUUUCACCUUAAUGAACAGUGAGGGCACAAAUGCUGCAAAUUCAUUGAAAUUACAGUAGUUUGUGAUUAAUUAUUGGUUUAUUAUGGCACAGCACAGCAAUGUUUGAUGCUCAGCACUAACUGAGUAGCUGUGAUUCAUUCAUGCUUUAUAAGGAGUGAAAGUAAUUUUGUUUCUGAGUAUAUUUUUAUGGGAUUGAGUGCCCGUGUGUGUGUGUGUGUGUGUGUGUGUGUGUGUGUGUGUGUUAAGGCUUUUAAAUUUUCAUUUUUGAAAAACAGUUCUAUACCCCUGCUAGGAUUAUUUUAAAACUUGCCAGUACUAAAAAUUUAAAACGGUUUAGAUGCAGAUUUUGAUAAGGCAUGGGGAAAUGCUUUUCAAGAAUCUAAGUAAAAGUCACCUGUCAUGUGUAUGUAUUCUGUUUUCUUUCAAACUUAAUCCAAGUGGCAAAGCUCUAGAUCAGGGGUGCAGAAAUUAUGGAUGCUAAGGCUGUUUGUGUCCCCUAGUACCUAAUGUUUUUGUCCCCAAAAAGUUCCCCAGGAAUGUGGGAAGUAAUUUCUUCAUGUAUUGGGGUCCCCUGUUUUAGCCCCAGGAGAAGCUUUUUACAACAGGAAGUGACCCUUUUGGGAAGAAAGGGUUUCUUCUUUACCUAAAAAUGGCCCAAAGAAGAUGAAAACGAGGGGAGGGUGCAUUUGGAUGCAUUUAAAAAAAAAAAAUACUUGGUGGAUGUAGCCCUCCAAGAUCCUGUCCCAGGGGCCAGUGUGGUCCAUGACAAUUGCCCAUUUCACCUCUAGAAAUAUGGAAGGUGUAUAAAGCAUUGGGCUUUCUUACUCUAUUCCCUGGGAACUCCAGUUAAUGCCAAGGCAGCGAUAGGGAUCCUUGGGCCUUGCGGAUGCUUUAAAUUACAGUUACAUAAUUCCUUAUCAGUGCCCAUGCAUUAGCUUCUUGGAGGUGAAUUCCAAAACAGAUGACUGAAGAUUGCAUUGAGGCAUUACUUGGAUUUCAUGUGGAAUAUGAUAUCAAGCUCUUUAAAUAAAAAUGUGGCUUGCAUAGGAGUGUUUGUAUGCAACCAUGAAUACUGAUGCAAUCUCCUGUCAGCACCGACAACUUAACCAAGCAAAACCCAGGCAUGCUGUGGAGUUAAGCCAUCUAGUGGCUGAGCAGCUGUGCUACAAACACAGUGGCUCCUGAUCAAGCUGCAUACAUUGUCUAUGAGAAGAGCAGGAGAUUGCAGGCUUCCAAGUGGACACUUGCAGCAGCUGCUUAAAUUAGCUGCAACACUGUCACUGUUUAUGGUAGCACUGUUGCAGUAAUUAUACUCUCAGAGCUUCAGUAUUUGUUGAGGAUUAGUUGCCUGUGCUGGUGAUGGAGAAAGUUUGAGGAUCACAUUUCUCCCACUGAAUCAAGGCAAAGGAAUAUGCUACUUGAUAAAAUCAUGUUUACUCUAAUAGGAUUCUUUCAGGACCUUAAUUUCUUGUAGCCCACUGAUAGGGUUGCCAUAACCCGGCUGCAACCGGGCUUUUCCCGCUUUUGGCGGCACCUGCUCGCUCACGUCACAGGUGCCGCCAAAAACCGGGAAA